AGACCUUUGGUCAAAGAGGUCCUCUUAUUUCCCAUAAGAUGAUCCACACAGGGGAGAAACCAUAUAAAUGCAUGGAGUGUGGAAAGACGUUUGCUCGAAGAGAUCAUCUUAUUUCUCAUAAGAUGAUCCACACAGGGGAGAAGCCGUAUAAAUGCAUGGAGUGUGGAAAGACCUUUGCUCGUGACAAGAAUCUUAAAAGGCACAACAAGAUCCACACAGGAGAGAAACCAUUUAAAUGCACGGAAUGUGGAAAGUCCUUUGCUCAUAGAUAUAAACUUAUUUCCCAUAAGAUGAUCCACACAGGGGAGAAGCCAUUUAAAUGCAUGGAGUGUGGAAAGUCCUUUGCUCAUAGAAAUAAACUUAUUUCCCAUAAGAUGAUCCACACAGGGGAGAAACCAUUUAAAUGCCUGGAGCGUGGAAAGUCCUUUACUCAAAGAGGUAAUCUUAUUUCCCAUAAGAUGAUCCACACAGGGGAGAAACCAUAUAAAUGCAUGGAGUGUGGAAAGAUGUUUGCUCAAAGAGGUAAUCUUAUUUCCCAUAAGAUGAACCACACAGGGGAGAAACCAUUUAAAUGCAUGGAGUAUGGAAAAACCUUUGCUCGAAGAGAUCAGUUUAUUUUCCAUAAGAUGAUCCACAUUGGGGAGAAGCCAUAUAAAUGCAUGGAGUGUGGAAAGACAUUUACUCAUGGCAGUGGACUUAGAAGCCACAAAAAGAUCCACACAGGAGAGAAACCAUAUAAAUGCAUGGAGUGUGGAAAGACUUUUGCUCAAAGAGGUCAUCUUAUUUCUCAUAAAAUGAUCCACACAGGGGAGAAGCCAUAUAAAUGCAUGGAGUGUGGAAAGACCUUUACUUGCAACAGUAAUCUUAAAAGGCACAAAAAGAUCCACACAGGAGAGAAACCAUUUAAAAGCACAGAAUGUGGAUAGUCCUUUGCUCAUAGAUAUAAACUUAUUUCCCAUAAGAUGAUCCACAUGAAAGAAGACAAAUGU